CGUGGUAUAUCAAGGCACAAACAGAAGCAAGUUUACACAACAACACAAUGAAGACUGCAUUAUUCCUAGCACUUUCCUUCCUUCUCUGGGGCUCAACAGGAGCCACUGACGGACUUGAUCCGGUGCUUGACAUCUCAGGUGAAGAGCUCCGAACAGGCACUGAUUACUACAUCUUGCCCGUCAUCCGCGGUGGAGGUGGUGGCCUCACUCUUGCUAGCACUGGCAACGAGACCUGCCCGCUUGAUGUUGUUCAAGAGCAGCUCGAGGUCUCCAACGGUCUCCCGUUAACAUUUUCACCUGUGAACAUAACAAAAGGCGUCGUACGUGUAUCCACGGAUCUCAAUAUCAAGUUCUCUGCUGCUACAAUUUGUGUCCAAUCCACUGUCUGGAAGCUUGACAACGAUGAAGCAACACAAAAAAUGGUUGUGACAACUGGUGGAGUUGAAGGGAAUCCUGGUAUCGAAACUCUCAGCAACUGGUUUAAAAUCGAAAGAUAUGAAGAUGACUACAAGCUUGUUUUCUGUCCGGGGGUGUGCGAUUUCUGCAGACCUGUAUGCGGGGACUUGGGUGUUUUCAUUGAUGCUGGUAUCAGGCGUCUAGCUCUUAGUGAUGUGCCCUUGAAAGUCAUGUUUAAGAGAGCUUGAAGCUGUUUAUUUUCCUUCAUUUACCCCACACCAUUCUCACUAAAUAUGUAUACUACGGCAAUAAGAUCGCAAUAAUGUAAAGCUUGGGAAAGAUUAUAAUAAUAUGAAUAAAUGAUGAUAUCACAUACUACUCCUUGGUGUUUA